GAAACAAACACGUAUGCAAAUCAAAUAAGAAUAUCAUAAAAAAGUGUACAAUAUGGAAAAUAGUGUAGUACUCUCGAGCUGGAUUUUAAAUUGACGGUGUGAAUUUUCCAAUUAGAUUGCUCAACUGAAAAUCGUUUAUUGGGAAAGUCGUUUUUAGCUUUUCGAAACCGGAAUGCGUCUGGUGCAGUUGAAAUGCAACAGCACCGCAAAUUAUUAUCGAGUAAAUUUAAAGCAAAAUUUUAGGGUGUAAUGUUUUGGUGAACACUUGCCUACAUAGGCAUUGCAAUUCAGUUGGUUGAUUGAAUUUCGGAGGUUCACGGAUUUCUAGGUAAAUAGGAAGUGCUUGAAAACCGGCGUAUUGGCAUCAGAAAUACACCAGAGGAUCUCAACAUCUCUUAUAAAUCGACUCAAUAUAUUUUGGUUAAUGUUUUUGGUAUAUAACCUAUCAAUGCUAGGCCCCUACCAAAAGACCUGCAUCUUAUGCAAAAACGAUGUCGAGUAGGGUUUGCAAAAGAAAUUCUUGACAACUUGGCUAAGGGCUAUACAUACGAGUAUAUUCAUCAAAUACAUAUUUGUUGGUGAUGAGACGUGAGUUUAUGAAUAUGAUACGCUCCAAAAAUGGGCCGAAACCGAAUAAACCAAAAUUAGCUGAAGACACUAAAGGCCAUCCCUGUCAAAGCUCAUAGCAAGUGCAAACAAAAAAAUACGUCUUCGAAGCUCAAAUCUUAUUUUGAAUGGAAUAACAAAAUAUACAUAUUUCGAUCGGCUUGCCGCUUGUGAAACCAUAAAACUCUUAUUAAGCUUUGAAUAUUAACAACAAACCAAAACAAAUAAACUUUAAUUAGCACCAAAGGUCGAUAUUAGUCAGUAGCAACCAAAAAUUAUUUUGCUUUUCGUAGUAGCAUAUUGACUACGAUUUUGCAUCUUUCUGGGUUGCUCUUAUAAGGAAAAAAUUUGUCAAACUGAAGCAGUUGUCGCAAGACGUGACGGUGCUGUUGAAAAUUAAAAAAAUGGACAGCAUCGGUGAGGAGAACGGCAACUCGAACAAUAUUGAGGAAGGUCACAAUUUGACGACUACCUCAACGCACCAAAGUAAUAACUCAACGGCCGGCAAUAGUGUAGCAACAUCAGCCGCCGGUAGUGGAGCUACUGUAUUGACCACAGCAGCGAGUGUGCAAUACCCCUUAGCAGCACCGGUGCACAGUUUACAGCAAAUGCAGUCUGUCAUUCAGGCAGCCAAUCAGUCGUCAGUCAUUCAAACAGCCGCCACAAAUGCUGUAACGUCGGCGACGACAGGGACGAUAGGUGUACCCAAGGGUGGGGUAUUAUAUGUGAAUAAGCCACCUAGUACAACGGUAAUACACACAACAUCAGGCAGUGGUGUACAGCUCCCUCCACAUUUUCAAUGUAAAAUCAAACCCGAACCAAAUGCACAACACCUCGACACUAACAGUGAAGACAGCCUCACUGACGAGGACUCACCGCAGCGACGAAUAGAGCUCACAAGAAGGCCAUCGUACAAUAAAAUUUUCACCGAAAUUAGUGGACCUGAUAUAACAGGUGGAGCGACUUUGCAAAUGUCAGAGACUGGUGGACUACACACAUUGUCGAGCACGGGGGGCGGUACAAGCGGCACCCUAAUACAAAUGCCGCCGGACAAUGCGGCAGCAUUUUACAUACCUCAUAGGAUUCCAUACAAUACUAAUAAUAGUGGCAUAGCUGAGGAUCAGACGCGGAAGCGCGAGAUACGAUUGCAAAAAAAUCGGGAGGCGGCACGUGAAUGUCGGCGUAAAAAGAAAGAAUAUAUAAAGUGCCUGGAAAAUCGUGUGGCGGUGCUUGAGAAUCAAAACAAAGCGCUCAUUGAAGAAUUGAAAUCACUCAAGGAGCUCUAUUGUCAAACAAAGAUCGAUUGAGACAGGCAGGAUGAUGACGACGAUGCGGUUGGGACGGAAGUGGUGGCUACGGAUAACUAUAAAAACGAUGGCGACAAUGUCGUAGAUACUGCAGCUGUAGAUAAUGCUGCCGUAUCAAGUGUAGAUUUCGCCGCUACAAGUACAAAUUGUGAAAAUGCUGCUGCAAGUGUAGUUUUUAAUAGCAAUGCGUUAAGUGAAACGGAUUCACUUACUGCUGCAAACACUUUACAACAACGUGGUGAUGAUGGUGAUAAUGUCAACCGUUGUAAGGACGAUCCUACGGUUGAAUGUGUUGCAGCUGAGCAAAAGGAUUUUCAAGUGAACAAUCGUUUGCAAAUGUUACAUGUAGGGAAAGCAGUGCCAUCUGUAGCAGCAGCAGCAGCAACAAAAACAAGUACAACAACCAUUGUGCGCCGCAUUGUAGUUGCAAAUAUGAAUGCUGUUGCCGCCGCUGCCGUCAAAGCCACCGCCGCUAACGUUGUUUUUGUGCCCGCCAGACCUCCCACAAAUUGUUAACCUGAUACCGCGACGAAUUAGUACUCUGCACUAAUUUUUCGACUCAACAAAUUUUAUUGAAGAAAAGUAAAAAAAAAAAACACACACACAACAAAACAUAUGCCAGGAAAGU